AUGACACAACGGAAAGCACAAUCGCUCGAUGAAGCAAGAAGACGUAGAUUCGCCGAAGAACAGAUUACACGGAUCAGACAGGAAUUGGACCGUCUAUAUGAUUCCAUUCAAUCCAGAACUGAGCAAGGGAGACGAACGCGAGCAUCUGGAGAACGAUCCGACGAAGAUAUCCAAAGCCUUCCCAGUCAAGGCACAUACCCACGAUCGCCUCGUCUUGGAUUUCCAAUGGGCUUUGAAAGACGGGAUAGAGCCCGAGAAGCCAGCAACCACGAACAUCCUCGCCGCAGACCUCAAUUAACAUCUAUGCACAGUUUUGAAUUGAGGGGCUGGCAGCAGAUUCGCGGUACUUGUACAUGGGUACCGCCCAGCUUACAUCGAAAUUCGAGGCUAAGCAUAGUACCAUCCGGCCUUCUGAUAAAUGGAGCAUCUCGCCGAGAAUUUGAAGAGCGUUUGUAUCGUCAAGAACUGCAGAUGAUCGCGCAGAUGGAGUCCAGAAUCAUUAGGGCAUUUAACAGAAGAGAUGAGACGGUCGACAACCAGAUGCCUCCUCGUGUGCCUCUGGCUGGUCGUAAUGUACCAACUACCAGGUACAGAUGCCGAUUCUCUAGGGGUAUCAGAGCAGAGGAAAGUCCAAGAAACGAACCCUCUGGGUUCAACAAGUGUCCUCACAUUCUUGCACGAAAUUGCCCGUUUGGAUGUAGUGAAGUUACUAGAGCCGAACCAGUUAUCAGACCCGAACCAGUUCCAACGACUUCACAAGGUCAUCCUGAACCUCAGGCCGGACCGAGUCAAAUACCUGCCGGUGCGAUCCGUCCAUGGACGAUAAAUCAGGAAUUGGGGAAUCUUACGCUUGAGCCCCCAGAACCAUCGAGAUUGACGCGCCCAAAGUUGCCCUUUGAAGAUGAGGACCUUUAUGACUGA